GUCGUGACGACACAAGCCCCUCCCCUUCACGACCUAGAGGACGUCUCUCUCCCGCAGGUCGUUUUGUAUCGAGCAGACACAGGUGUGCAAACAUCGCCCACGCAGUCACGCGAUGAAUUAAUGAGGAAACAUUGUUCCGGCCUACCUGCUUUGGAAGAUGUAAUAGGAGUCGGCACCCGUCCUGGUGAAAACAAGACACACACGCGGUUCAUACGACCCUAUCAUGUCUCCCCCUUUUUGGAGUGACGGUUAGUUCCAGGAUGAGGACAGACUUCGGGGCGGCGUUGCUCUUGCUGCUGUUUGCGGCCGUGAAGUCCGGCGGUGUGUUGCCGGGCACGUCUCCACCGGGGAAACCAGUCCUGCUCGGGUGCAGGUCCCCCGAGAAGGAGACGUUCACCUGCUGGUGGGAGCCGGGAACCGACGGAGGGCUGCCCACCACGCACCAGCUGUACUACGAGAGAGACAGGUUGGAGGGAACGCACGAGUGUCCGGACUAUCGGUCGGCAGGGAAUAACUCGUGUUUCUUCGACAAGGGACACACCUCCAUCUGGGUCUACUACUACCUGACGGUGACGGCGUGCAACGCUCUCGGCAACGCCACCUCAGAGACCUUGAAGAUCGACGUGAUGGAAAUCGUGAAACCCGACGCCCUCGACAACGUGACGAUGCUGCUGGUGGAGGAGGAGGAGGAGGAGGAGGAGGAGAGGGACCACAGUCCUCAUCUCCUCGUCAGAUGGGAGCCUCCCUCCAACACGGACGUCAAGUCCGGCUGGGUCACCGUGAAAUAUGAGCUAAGAGUCCGACAUGACAACAGCGACAAGUGGACAGAGUACACGUCAGGCACACAAACUCAUUACAGUCUGUACAGCAUCAUCCCUGGGAGGGUGUACACGGUUCAGGUGCGCUGCAGACUGGACCAUGGCUCCUGGAGUGAGUGGAGCAACGCUGCCUGUGUGAAGAUCCCAAACUAUCACCACAGUGAGACAGCGUUUUGGUUAAUGGUUUCCAUCCUUUCUGCAAUUCCGUUAAUAACCGCAGUGUUGAUCUUGGUAGUGAAGAGGAAAUCUCUGAAGCAGUGGGUUCUGCCCCCUGUUCCUGGGCCAAAGAUAAGAGAUAUUGACCCUCGACUUCUCAAUGGCGCGGGAGCCAAAGACGUUGACUACGACCUGCUGGUCAAGCACAGCUUUCCUUCCAUCAGAGCCUGGAAGGAACAAAUGGAGGAGUACCUGAUCGUGACGGAAAAUGACGACGCUCCUCCCUCCAUUUCGCAAAAGAGGGAAAAAAGCUCCCUCAUUCUCGCCGGCUUCGACUUGGACUUGGAGAAGGUCCGCUGUGAGGGGACAACGGAAGGCCAACGCGAGUGGGAAGCGGACGAGGAAGACGCCACCGUCAGGGCCUUCACGAGCGGCAGCUUCGUGGACGUCCAGACACGUCCGGCGGAGAGACCGGUGGACUACAGCAGAGUGAGAGAGGUGACCGGCGAGGACGUUCUCAUCCUGGAGACGGAGGACGUCUCGUUCGAGGGGUCCGACUACGUUGGCGCUCCGCUGCAGGGGGGCGGCGGCGGCGGCGGCGCCGCGGCGGAGGACUACAGCCGGGUGAGGGAGGUGGACGGGGACGCCGUGGUCCUCCUGCAGACGCACAGCGCAGCCGCGGGCACCGAGAAGGGGAACCGCUUCACCGAGUGUUCCGUCCAGAAGACGAGAAACAUGUGCACGGAACUGGUCCAGAGCGGAUACGUAGACACCACCCAUCCGGCGUCACAUAUUGGAUGAAUCUGGGGACAAUUUGGUACAGACUAACUUUGUCCAUCCUGUGCCUUUUUUUUUUUUUUUUUUCUUCUUCUUGUAGCUCCACCACGAGAUUGCCGUUUUUUUUUUUUUUGUAGGGAACAUUGGACACAAACGUCCACCGUGACUCAAGGAUGAUCCAGUUUAAUUUUGGCAGUCAAGGUCACUGCGGCCUUGUGUCCGUCCCGUCCUCUGAAUGCCACAACUCGGGAGCCUCUGAACCUUUCUGGAAUCUUUAUUUAUUUCAUUUCAUUUUUUUUUUUUUUUUAAAGCGAUCCGG